CCCAGCUCCAUGACUGAUUCAUAGUGAAACACUGUUGGGUCCCCUUCCAACGGCGCCUGAGAGGCUGUGGCCAGCAUGGAGGCAGCCGAGCCAUUUGACACCGUCGAGCCCUGACUGCUGCUUUUCCAGAUCAGCCUUGCCCAGUAUGGAGGCCGAAGCCAGACCUGAGGACCCACAUUCUGACAAUGAAGGCCAGGCCACCGCUGAGCAGCUGGACUGCCCACCAGUAGAGCCAUCCCCAGGCCCCACCGACCUCUGGGACACACUGGAAAGGAAGUUUCUAGAAUACCAGCAGUUGAUACCCAAGAGCCCAGAUGAACAUCAGAAGAGCCUGUUAAAUCUUCUCCCCUUGUUCCUAAAGGCCUGGGAGCACUCGGUGGGCAUCAUCUGCUUUCCCAGUCUCCAGAGGCUGGCAGAGGACGUGUCCCGCCAGCUUGCCCAAGAAGUACAGAAGGCCCUCACUGGGAAGCCUGCAGAGCAAGCGCGGGCGGCCGUGGGGCAGUUGCUGCAGUGGAAAGGAGAGGCAGAUCAGGACAGCUACCUGCUGCUCAAGUCUGCUUUCGUGCUCACUGGGACCGACUCGGAGACGCUGAGCAGAGUGGCAGAGUCUGGACUGCCAGCCCUGCUUCUGCAGUGCCUCUACCUCUUCUUUGCCUUUCCUCUGGGGAAGGAGGAGCUUUUAGAGAAGGACGUUCAAGGUCAAAGGAUGUUUGUGCAGAUGUUGCUCAACCUGUGCAGUGAGCCUCUGGGUCUGGAGGGACUUCUCUUAGGAAGCGAACUCCAGACUCUGCUGAUUGCCACAACCUGUCUUCGUGAGCAGAGCUGCUAUUUGUGGAAGGAGCCCACCUUCUGCGUGCUGAGAGCCAUCUCCAGGGCUCAGAGUCCUGGCAUCAUCCAGUACCUGCAGGACACCAACUGCAUCCGGCUCUCGGUCCAGAACCUCUCCAGGCUGGCAGACGUGCUGCCUGCACCUGAAGUGAGCGAGGCUGUGAAUCUCAUCCUGAGCUUUGUCAAGGACUCAUACCCCAUUUCCUCGGUGCUGCUCCUGGAGUUCGAGAACGGGGAGGGCUACCCUCUGCUACUCAAGGUGCUUUUGCGGUAUAAUGGGCUGACUCAGGGUGCAGUGGACCCCCACCUGGAGGAGCUCCUGGGGCUGGUGGUAUGGCUGACUACGUGUGGGAGGUCGGAGUUGAAAGUGUUUGACAGCAUCACAUACCCUCAGCUCGAAGACUUCAAGUUCCACCAGGAAUCUUCCGGGAUGACUGUUAAAAACCUUCAGGCCUUCCAGGUCCUCCAGAAUGUUUUCCAUAAAGCCAGCGACUCUGUCCUUUGCUCACAAAUCCUGUUGGCCAUCAAGACUAUGUGGGCCUGGAACCCUCGAAACUUCUUCCUGCUGGAGUGGACCCUGCAGCCUAUCUCGCAGUUUGUGGAAAUCAUAGCGCUGAAGCCAGUCCCCGUGCAGGUGCACUUCUUCCAGCUUCUGGAGGCCUUGGUAUUCAGGCUGCACUAUGUGCCUCACGAGAUCCUGGGGAAGGUGCAGCGUCUGAUCAAGGACAGCCCCGAGCCUUCCUGUGCCCUGGUGGCCCUGCAGAGCAUCCUCAGGAUCACCAGCAGUGAUCCGCUCUUCACUGACAUCUUCCGGGAUUCAGGGCUGCUAGGAUUGCUAUUGGCCCAGCUGCGAAAGCAAGCCAAGAUCCUGAGGAAGUCAGGAAACAAAUUGUCCAUUCCUGGCAUUCAGGAUCCAGAAAGAGAACUUACCUGUGUGAUGCUGAGCAUAGUGGCCGCACUCCUGAAAGACUCUGUUCGAAACACAGUUGUCCUGAAAGACCACGGCAUGGUGCCCUUCAUCAAGAUCUUCCUGGAUGAUGAGAAUUACCGGGGAGCCUCGCUCAGCAUCUUGGAGCAGCUCUCAAUCAUCAAUGCUGAGGAAUACAUGAGCAUCAUUGUGGGGGCCUUGUGCUCAUCCACUCAGGGGGAGCUGCAGCUGAAGCUGGAUCUCCUGAAGUCACUGCUGCGGAUCCUGGAGACCCCCAAGGGCCGCGCUGCCUUCCGAGCCGCCAGUGGUUUCAACGGGCUCCUGUCCCUGCUGUCUGACCUGGAGGGAUCUCUCCAUGAGCCCCCGCUGCAGAUGUGGGGAACCGUGUCCCCUCCUCAGACCCUGGAGAUGGUGCUGCACACGCUGUCUGUGCUCUCCGCAGCCCUGCACUUGGAUCCAGUCAAUGCCAGCUUCUUCAGGACAAAUGGGCUCUUUGAGAAGUUAGCCGAGGAUCUCUGCCUGCUGGGCUGUUUUGGGGCCCCAGAGAAAGAGAGCACCCCUAGGCCAUUCUCAUCUGACCUAAAGAGUAGCAGGUCAUUUGCAGCUUUGCUGAGCUCUGCCUUUUCCUCCAGCUGCCCUUUCCCACCCAGGCUGAAGAGCUGUCUCCAGAUCCUCACCUUUCUGGACAGUAUGGCUAGUGGGACGCUCCACCUGCGCGCAGACCUGAAGGAGGCCCUGAGGGCCGGGCAAGAGCCAGUCAUGGGUGCCCAGAAAGGACAAGCUGGCGGCGGUGACCUCCAUAGCAAUCUCAGUCACUGGCCAGACCCGGAGGAGAGGGUGGAUGAAGGUGGCACUGUGAUUGUACACCCUGGAAUCGUGUGCAUCAUGGUGAAACUGCUGCCUCGAUUGUUCCAUGAAGAUCACCCACAGCUCUCCCAGGAGAUACAGUGCUCCAUGGCCAGCUACCUCCAGUCCCUGGUGAAGUCAGAGAAGAACCGCCAGGUCAUGUGUGAGGCAGGGAUGCUCCGGGCACUCAUGACCUCUUGCCGCAAGUCCCUGAGCACCAGCAGCAGCCCCCUGCACUCUCUCCUCAUCAGAAUCUUUGAAAAGCUUGCUUCCCAAGCCAUCGAACCAGACAUGCUAAGACAAUUUCUUGGCCUCGGAAUUCACCUACCUCUGCCAGCUGCAACAAAAAUCCUCAGUUCUCCUCAAGGGCACACAGGGUCACAGGCAGCAGAUCCAGGCAAAGCUGAGGGCCCUGCGGAUGCCAGCCCAUGCCCUGGAGUGGAGCUCAGGUCUCCGGGGGCCUGCCAGGAUUCCACCACUGCCCUUCAGACAGCCAUGAGCCUCAUCUCCAUGACCUCCCCGCGCAACCUGCAGUCCCAGAGAGCCACCCUGGCUCCAUCCUUUGUGGAAUUUGACAUGUCUGUGGAAGGUUAUGGCUGUCUGUUUAUUCCGACCUUGUCGACAGUCAUGGGGACCAGCACGGAGUACUCUGUUUCUGGAGGAAUUGGGACAGGUGCUUCCAGAUCAUUCCCUCCACCUGGAGGCCUGACCUUCUCCUGCUGGUUCCUGAUUAGCCAGCAGGCCACUGUCACUGAGGGCCACCCACUGCGCUUUCUGACCCUGGUGCGACACCUGGCCAGGACGGAGCAGCCCUUCGUCUGCUUUUCUAUCAGCCUCUGUCCGGAUGACCUCUCUUUAGUUGUGUCUACAGAAGAGAGAGAGUUUCAGCCACUGGAUAUCAUGGAACCUGAGGACGAGGGUGAGCCCUCUGCAGGACGCCAGCUUCAGGUCAGGUGUGGUCAGCAUCUGGCUUGUGGUCAGUGGCAUCACCUGGCUGUGGUGGUCACCAAGGAAAUGAAAAGGAAUUGCACUGUCUCCACCUAUCUGGAUGGACAGGCCAUUGGCUUGGCCAAGAUGCUGUAUAUUCAGGCCUUACCAGGACCUUUCCUUGCAAUGGAUCCAUCUUCAUUUGUGGAUGUUUAUGGCUAUAUUGCAACCCCAAGAGUUUGGAAACAAAAGUCCUCAUUAGUUUGGCGUCUUGGCCCUGCAUACCUCUUUGAUGAAGCCAUAUCAUUGGAUACUCUAGAAGUUAUUAUCAAACUUGGCCCAAGAUACUGUGGUAACUUUCAGGCAGUGCAUGAUCAAGGAGAGGACUCAGACAGUGAGGCCACACCCCUGGUUGCAGAGGAAAAGAUCUCCUUUGGUCUUCAUGUGUCCAGCUCCUCCACCACCAGCAUAGCAAACAUCAGAAGCAUCUACAAUGAGGUGGACAGCCGCCUGAUCGCCAAGGAGAUGAAUAUUUCCUCUCGUGAUAAUGCCGUGCCUGUGUUCUUGCUGAGAAACUGUGCUGGACAUCUCUCAGGAUCUCUCCGCACCCUGGGAGCUGUCGUUGUGGGCCAGUUAGGGGUGAGAGUAUUUCACUCCAGCCCUGCUGCCAGCAGCCUGGACUUCAUUGGAGGACCUGCCAUUCUCCUGGGUCUCAUCUCCUUAGCAACAGAUGACCACACCAUGUAUGCAGCUGUGAAAGUCCUGCACUCGGUCUUGACCAGCAACACCAUGUGUGACCGCCUGAUGCAGCAUAUCGGUGGAUACCAGAUAAUGGCGUUUCUCCUGAGGAAGAAGACCUUGCUUCUAAACCACCGCGUCUUCCAGCUCAUCCUCUCUGUGGCUGGCACUGCGGAGCUGGGCUUCAGGCCAUCUGCCAUCACCAACAUGGGCAUCUUCCAGCAUAUCCUCUGCAGUUUCGAGCUCUGGAUGAACACUGCAGACAAUCUGGAGCUUGCUCUCUUCUCCCAUUUUGUAGAAAUCCUUCAGUCACCAAGGGAGGGACCCAGGAAUGCUGAAGUUGCUCACCAGGCACAGCUUAUACCCAAGCUCAUCUUCCUCUUCAAUGAGCCUCGCCUGGCCCCCUCCAAGGUCCCUACCAUAAUUGCCAUCCUAGGCUGUCAACUGAGGAGCCACUUCAGUAUCCAGGACUUGCUCAGGGUUGGGCUGUUUGUCAUUUACACCCUCAAGCCUUCAUCAGUGAACGAGAGACAGAUCUGUGUGGAUGGAGGCCAGGACCACCAUGUGCCUGCUGGAAGCCAAACAUCUGGAAAUUCAAUCUGGCUCAGAAACCAGUUGCUGGAGAUGCUGCUCAGUGUAAUAUCUUCUUCCCAGCUUCAUCUGUCCUCUGAGACAAAGGAAGAGCUGUUUCUGAACUUGGGGCCCGACUGGUUCCUGCUGCUCCUGCAGGGCCACCUGCACCCCAGCACCACUGUGCUGGCUCUGAAGCUGCUGCUGCACUUCCUGUCAAACCCCUGCCUCCGGGGGCGGUUUAAAGAUGGCCUGUCUGCUGGAUCCUGGGUGGAGCGCAGCACCGAGGGUGUAGACAUUUUGAUGGACAACCUGAAGAGCCAAACUACCAUGCCCAACCAGAGUCCCUGCCUGCUACCUGGGUUCCGCGUCCUGAACGAAUUUCUGGCUCACCAUGUUCAUAUUCCAGAAGUCUUCCUCAUUGUGUCUGCCUUCUUCCUACACACUCCACUCACAGAGCUGGUGGAUGAGCCAAAAGACAGCCUCGAUGCUAUGCUUCAGUGGCUCCUGCAGUCACACCACCAGCAAGAAGUCCUCCAGGCUGGGUUAUGCAUGGAAGGUGCCCUGAUGCUCCUGGAAAUGUUGAAAUCCAUCAUGAGCCAGCCCUCAGUAGGUUUGGAGGACGACGCCUGGGAGCUGACCUUCCCCACCAGCACGCUGCAGUUCCUCACCCUGGUGCACCGCACCUACCCGCAGGACCCCACGUGGCGGGCCCCGGACUUCCUCCAGACCUUGGCUAUGGUCACCUUUCCCCUGGGAACCCAAAAGGGUGCUGUGGUUGAGUCCAGGAACAUCAUCAGCUCUGGGGCCACAGAGGAAGGUGACAGCCCCAGGGAGAGUCUCCAGGUGCCUGCCAAGUCACACCCUGCCUGGAGGCAGCUGAGAGAGUUCACACAGAGCCUCUUGAAGGAGCUCCUGCUGGGAGCCUCCAGCCCCAAGCAGUGGCUGCCCCUAGAUGUGUUCCUGGAGGCUUUUCCACACAGUGCCACCAGUCAGCAGAAGCGAGACUUCCAGUCUGAGGUCCUGCUUUCCACCAUGGAAGUGUUUCACACAAUGAGCACAAGCAGCAUGCCCAUCCUCAGAGGAAGUAAAGAGUCUCAGCCAAACAUGGAAGCUGCUGCUGCUCCUUCCCUGGCAAACAUCUCCUACUUUACCCAAAAGCUGGUGGAGAAGCUGUACAGUGGGAUGUUCUCAGCAGACCCCAGACACAUCCUUCUCUUCAUCACAGAACACAUCAUGGUGGUCAUCGAGAACACAUCUUCUCAAAGGGACACUCUCAUCAGCGCUUUAUACAGCAGCUUAAAUAAAGUUAUUCUUUAUUGCUUGUCCAAGCCCCAGCAGUCUCUGUCAGAGUGUCUGGGCCUCUUCAGUAUCCUGAGCUUCCUCCAGGAACAUUGGGACAUUAUCUUUGCCACGUACAAUUCCAACAUCAGCUUCCUGCUGUGUGUCAUGCAUUGUCUUCUGCUGCUAAGUGUGAGAAGUUAUCCAGAAGGAUUUGGAUUGGAGCCCAAGCCUAGAAUAACUCCUUACCAUCAAGUCUUCCUUGUCCCUAAUGAAGAGGUAAAAGAAAAACAGGAAGAAGAUCUCCCAAGUUUGAGUGAUGUCCAGCAUAACAUACAGAAGAUGGUGCGAACUCUCUGGCAGCAGCUCGUGGCACAGAGGCGGCAGACACUGGAAGAUACUUUCAAAAUUGAUCUCUCAGUGAAACCUGGGGAGAGAGAAGUGAAGAUUGAAGAGGUCACCCCACUGUGGGAGGAGACAUUGCUCAAAGCCUGGCAGCAUUACUUAGCAUCUGAGAAGAAAUCUCUGGCCAGUCGCUCCAGUGUCACACACCACAGCAAAGUUACUUCAUGGAGUGGGAGCCUUUCCUCAGCCAUGAGACUGGUACCCGGCCGGCCGGCCAAGGACGCAGAGUGCAAGGCAGAGGAUUUUGUAUCCUGUAUAGAGAACUACCGACGAAGAGGACAGGAGUUCUAUGCCUCUUUAUAUAAAGACCAUGUCCAGAGGCGAAGAUGUGGGCACCUAAAGGCAGCCAGUGCCUGGGCCAGGAUUCAGGAACAGCUCUUUGGGGAGCUGGGCUUAUGGGGCCAGAUGGCAGGAGCCAGGCCACGUGCCCAGUGGGAACUGGAUUGGAGAGAAGGCCCUGCUCACAUGAGGAAACGCCUGAGACGCCUGUCUCCACGGGAGGCCCUGAGCCCAGGCAUGGGCAAGGCAAACCAAGAUAGAAAGAGUGGUACGUCUCAAACCAAGGCGGAAAAUCAAGAAGACCUGAUGCCCAAGGAAGAUGACAGGGAGCCUGAUGAGGUGGCUGUAGACUGCACACAGCUGACAUUCUUUCCUGCCUUGCACGAAAGUCUACACUCAGAAGAUUUCUUGGAGCUGUGUCAGGAAAGACAAGUGAUUUUACAGGAGCUUCUGGAUCAAGAAAAGGUGACACAGAAGAUCCCCCUGGUGAUUGUGCAAGGCCACCUGGUCUCGGAAGGGGUCCUGCUCUUCGGUCACCACCACUUCUACAUCUGUGAGAACUUCACCUUGUCCCCUACGGGCGAUGUCUACUGUACCCGCCACUGCUUAUCCAACAUCAGCGAUCCCUUCAUUUUCAACCUGUGCAGCAAAGACAGGUCGUCUGACCAUUACUCCUGCCAGCGCCACAACUAUAAGGACCUCAAGGAGCUCCGGCUGGCCCGCUUCCUCCUGCAGGAUAUUGCCCUAGAGAUCUUCUUCCAGAAUGGACAUACCAAGCUCCUUGUCUUCUACAGCAAUGAUCGGAGUAAAGCCUUCAAAAGUUUCUGCUCUUAUCAACCUACCUUGAAGGGCAAAGGAAUCACGGAUGACCCCCUCAAUCUAAGGAGACACUCCAGCUUCGACAAGACUAUGCUACAGAGGUGGCAGAAAAGGGAAAUCAGCAAUUUUGAAUACCUCAUGUACCUCAACACCGUGGCUGGCAGGACCUGCAAUGACUUCAUGCAGUACCCAGUGUUCCCCUGGGUUCUGGCUGACUACACCUCAGAGACAUUGAACUUCACAAAUCCCAAGACUUUCCGGGAUCUUUCCAAGCCCAUGGGAGCUCAGACCAAGGAAAGGAAGCUGAAGUUUAUCCAGAGAUAUAAAGAAGUUGAAAAGACUGAUGGAGACAUGACUUUCCAGUGCCACUACUGCACGCACUAUUCUUCAGCCAUCAUCGUUGCUUCCUACCUUGUCCGGAUGCCGCCCUACACCCAGGCUUUCUGUUCUCUGCAGGGUGGAAGCUUCGAUGUGGCAGACCGGAUGUUCCAUAGUGUGAAGAGUGCGUGGGAGUCGGCCUCUAGGGAGAACAUGGGUGAUGUCAGGGAGCUGACCCCCGAGUUCUUUUACCUGCCCGAGUUCCUAACCAAUUACAAUGCAAUGGAGUUUGGUCGCAUGGAGGACGGAACAGCUCUAGGGGAUGUGCAACUCCCUCCCUGGGCAGAUGGGGACCCUGGGAAAUUCAUCAGCCUGCAUAGACAGGCUCUGGAAAGUGACUUUGUCAGUGCCAACCUCCACCACUGGAUAGAUCUCAUUUUUGGGUACAAGCAACAGGGGCCAGCCGCUGUGGAGGCCGUCAACACCUUCCACCCCUACUUUUACGGUGACAGAAUGGACCUCAGCAGCAUUGGGGACCCCCUGAUCAAGAGCACCAUCCUGGGGUUCGUCAGCAACUUUGGACAGGUGCCCAAGCAGCUCUUUACCAAGCCCCACCCGGCCAGGAGCACAGCAGGGAAGCUGGUGCCAGGAAAGGAUGCGUCCACACCUGUGGCCAUGCCUAGCCACCCACAGCCUUUCCUCCACAGCUUGCAGACCCUAAGGCCCUCCCAGGUCAUGGUCAAAGAUAUGUUCCUCUUCUCUCUAGGGUCAGAGUCCCCCAAAGGGGCCAUCGGUCACAUUGUCCCAACCGAGAAGACCAUCCUGGCUGUGGAGAAGAACAAGGUGCUGUUGCCCCCUCUCUGGAACAAGACCUUCAGCUGGGGCUUCGAUGACUUCAGCUGCUGCCUGGGGAGCUAUGGCUCUGACAAGAUCCUGAUGACGUUCGAGAACCUAGCAGAGUGGGGCCGCUGCCUGUGUGCAGUGUGCCCAUCCCCGACGAUGGUGGUCACGGCGGGGACCAGCACUGUGGUGUGCGUGUGGGAGCUCACUGUGGUCAGAGGCCGCCCCAGAGGCCUGCACCUGCGGCAGGCCUUGUAUGGACACACUCAGGCUGUCACAUGCCUGGCAGCCUCAGUCACCUUUAGCCUACUGGUGAGUGGGUCCCAGGACUGCACCUGCAUCCUAUGGGACCUGGACCACCUCGCCCACGUGGCCUGCCUGCCUGCCCAUCGUGAGGGCAUCUCCGCUAUCGCCAUCAGUGACAUCUCGGGCGUCAUCGUCUCCUGUGCGGGAGCUCACUUGUCCCUGUGGAACGUCAACGGACAGCCCCUGGCCAGCAUCACCACCGCCUGGGGCCCUGAAGGAGCCAUAACCUGCUGCUGUGUGGUGGAGGGCCCCGCCUGGGAUGCAAGUCACGUCAUUGUCACUGGGAGUCAAGAUGGCAUUGUUCGGAUUUGGAAGACGGAGGACAUGAAGAUGUCCAUUCUUGGGCAGGGAACAGCAGAGGAACCCUCCACUCAGCCCCCAAGCCCCCAAGCAGGUUGCAGGUGGGGAAAGAACCUUGCUUUGAGUCGAGAGCUGGACAUCAGUGUUGCUUUGACAGGCAAACCCAGCAAGGCCAGCCCUGCCCUGACAGCCCUGGCUGUGUCUAAAAACCAGACCAAACUCCUGGUUGGUGACGAGAAGGGGAGAAUAUUUUGCUGGUCUGCAGAUGGGUAGGUGAGGGAGGUGGCUAGAGCCUCCAGAACUGGGAGAGAGUCUCUGGGGGCAACAGCAACGGUGCUGUGGAGGCUGAAGUCCACCCCAAGAAGCUUCCACUCCCCCAAUGCCCAGGGAAGAAGAGGCAUCUGGGGUUUACCUCUGUGUAUUCCAAAACAUCUCCAGUACCCAGGGUACUUCUGAAGAAAGCAUCAACACAUAUAUUUGUGCUGGAAACAGACCUGUCGGUGGGAAGCUGCACACAGAAUUACACACGACUCACCUUCCCCAGGGCUCAGUGCACAGAAAAAACAAAAUGGGAUUGAUCGCUGGAAAUGGAUGGAGAAGGGCUCAUUGUCUUUGUUUUAUUAAAGGAACUGUUUUCCAAAUACAAAAAUGUUUGAGUUCCAGACCA